UCGGGCCACCGCCCGCACCACAACAACCACCACCACCACCACCACCACCAGGACUGGUUGUCCGCCUGGGGUCGCCUCGUCGGAGCCAUAACGGGGGGCGGCAGGAAGCUGGGCGUCGGCUCAGGCGGCAGCACCAAGCGGUGCCGCGACGAGAUGGAGUCCGGUGGCGCCGCCGCCGCCGCCGUCUCCCCCUCCCCACCUCCCGCCGCUGCCCACAACAGCGCCGAGGCGGUGAUCCCUUCUGCGCAUGCGCCGAGUCCCGUCGCGCAUGCGCCAGCGGCCGCCGCCGUCACUGCGCAUGCGCCGACCGUAGCGCCGGGCUUGGAGCCAGCGCGCAGACAGAGCUGCCUGCCAGUCUCCAGCUACAAGCUGCGCAGGUGGUUCCACCCCAACAUCUCGGGCAUCGAGGCGGAGCUGCUGCUGAUGGAGCGAGGCUUCGACGGCAGCUUCCUGGCCAGGCCGAGCCGCAGCAACCCGGGGGACCUCACGCUCUCCGUCAGGAGGAACGGCGAGGUGACGCACAUCAAGAUCCAGAACACGGGCGACUUCUACGACCUGUACGGCGGCGAGAAGUUCGCGACGCUGUCGGAGCUGGUGCAGUACUACACGGAGAACCAGGGCCAGCUGCGCGAGAAGUCGGGCGAGCUGAUCGAGCUGCGCUGCCCGCUCAACUGCAGCCAGCAGCCCGAGGCGGCCGCCUCCUGCACCGAGCGGUGGUUCCACGGGCACCUGUCGGGCAAGGAGGCGGAGAAGCUGAUCCUGGAGAAGGGCAAGAACGGCAGCUUCCUGGUGCGCGAGUCGCAGAGCAAGCCGGGGGACUACGUGCUCUCCGUGCGCACCGACGACCGAGUCACGCACGUCAUGAUCCGCUGCCAGGACGACACUUACGACGUGGGCGGAGGCGACCGGUUCGAGUCCCUGUCGGACCUCAUCGAGCACUACAAGCGCAACCCCAUGGUGGAGACCAGCGGCACCGUCGUCCACCUCAAGCAGCCCUUCAACGCGACGCGCAUCAAUGCCAGCGGCAUCGAGAGCCGAGUCCGCGAGCUGCAGAAGGAGAACGGGCAGUCGACGGGCAAGGCGGGCUUCUGGGAGGAGUUCGAGUCGCUGCAGCAGCAGGAGUGCAAGCACCUCUUCUCCCGCAAGGAGGGCCAGAAGCCCGAGAACCGCAACAAGAACCGCUACAAGAACAUCCUGCCCUUUGACCACACGCGGGUGAAGCUGAGGGACGUCGAUCCGAGUGUCCCCGGCUCCGAGUACAUCAACGCCAACUACAUUCGGCCGGACGACGAGGCGGGCGACUCGGCGUGCGGGCGGUGCUACAUCGCGACGCAGGGCUGCCUGCCGGCCACGACCGGCGACUUCUGGGAGAUGGUGUGGCAGGAGAACACGCGCGUCAUCGUCAUGACGACCAAGGAGGUGGAGCGCGGCAAGAACAAGUGCGUCCGCUACUGGCCAGAGGAGGGGCAGAGCAAGGACUUUGGGCGCGUGCGCGUCCGCAACCUGUCGGAGUCGUCGACGGCCGACUACACGCUGCGCGAGUUCGCGGUGUCGCGCCUGCCCCCGCAGCCCCAGCCGGCGCCCCCGCAGGCUCCGGAUGGCGGCGGGGGCGGCGACGGCAGCGACUCCGGCUCGUCUGGUGGGGGCGGGGGCGGCGGUCAGCGCCUGCAGCAGAGUCAGCACGUGGUGGCCGUCGGCGACGAGCGUAAAGUGUACCACUACCACUUCCAGGCGUGGCCGGACCACGGCGUGCCGUCGGACCCGGGCUGCGUGCUCAACUUCCUGCACGACGUGAACGCCCGGCAGGAGAGCUGCGGCCCGACCGCGGGGCCCGUCCUCGUCCACUGCAGCGCCGGCAUCGGCCGCACCGGCACUUUCAUCGUCAUCGACAUCAUCCUCGACCAGAUCAAGCGCCAAGGGCUGGACUGCGAGAUCGACAUCCAGCGGACGAUCCAGAUGGUGCGGGCGCAGCGCUCCGGCAUGGUGCAGACGGAGGCGCAGUACAAGUUCGUCUACCUGGCCGUGCAGCACUACAUCGAGACGGUGCGCCAGCGUGCCCAGGCCGAGCAGAAGAGCCUGCAGCUGGGCCGCGAGUACACCAACAUCCGCUACUCGAGUGACGAGCUGCCGUCGCCGUCGCCCGUGCUGCCGCUGCCGCCGCCGCCCCCGCUGCCGCCGCCGCCCGACGACUUCCCGCGCCAGAUCUACGAGAACGUCGCGGUCAAGGACCGCAAGCUGUCGGCGGCGUCGCUGGGGCCGUCCUCGACGCACCACAUCGGGCCGCCGCCGCCGAGCUUCGCCCCUCCACCCCCGCCGCCUCCGCGCAAGACGUGACACCGGCAGCAGCAGCAGCGGGAGGGGCGCCACACCGCGCCGCCCCAGCGGAUCGCCGUCCCGGCGGGCGACCUCGCGCCCCUACUGGUGGCCCCACUGUCCCCGCCCGAGGACUGGAGGCUCUGAGGGGGCGGCGCGCCACCUACGGCCGGCGCGUGUUUGGACGGGUGCGUCCGCGACGUCCCCCGACGCCUCCGUGUACAGACUCCGCACUGGACACACUGACAGGGCGCUCCCCACGUGCAGUGCGAACGUUCUAGUGAGUGCAGUUUGUGACAGAGGUCCGGACCUGAUGUCGUACGUUAAGGAUCGACCGGGAUACGAGACUGAAGUGUAAAUUUUUUUUCUACAAGUGGCUGUUGUCACCAUUUUGUGGCAACACUUAUUCUUACUCACCAGUGGAAGAACACACACACACGACGAGUGUGGUACGUCUUUUAUAUGAACUCCUUACUUGUAGCACUCGACCACAAAAAUUAUCGAAUGUGUGGUGGCAGUGCAGAAUAUUAACAGGUCGAGGCUCAAACGCGGCACUUCCCGCUUGUGGCGAGCAGUUUCUGACCGCCGAGUACGCCUCCGGGCUCCGUUGAAACUCUCGUGUCUGAGUAGUUGGCAGUUACCGUUUCACGUUAUAGUUCCUCCUCGGACCUCUAUCCCAGAUGAUCCGGUUUUAGUUUCAUUGCAUUACAUCCGUUGUCCAUAAGUUGUUGCCCACUUUGCAGCUGUGAGCAUCAUCUUCUGGCCUUACACGAGGAACUGAAUCGUUGUGAAACCUACUCCUGUCUGUGGCUCUCUUGUAAAAUUUGAAUGUGGAUAUUUGUACUUUUAAAACACAUUAUUUGCACCUCCAUCUCCCCCCCCCCAC